UUGUCCCCGCCCCUCUCUGACGUUUGACUGAUCUACCUGUCAAUCAGGACAGGUGUCUGUCUGCACGGUGAGGGAGAGGUGAGGAGGUGUGAGGGGGACAGGAGAGGACAUGACGGGACAGAAAGAUGUGGACAUACCCGAAACAGGAGCCAUCUUCACAUUUGGUAAGAGCAGCUUUGCAGACAAUGUGCCUGGUAAAUUCUGGUUGAAGAACGACCAGCCGCUGCACGUUUCCUGUGGCGGAGAGCACAGCGCUGUCAUCACAGAGCAUGGCAGGCUGCUCAUGUUUGGUGUUAAUACUUGGGGCCAGUUGGGGCUUGGAUUUAAGCCUGCUGCCAGCAAACCUGCCACCGUGAAAGCCUUAAAGUCUGAGAAGGUGAAGCUUGUAGCUUGCGGGAGAGAUCACACAAUUGUCUGCACAUGGCGAGGGAGUGUGUAUGGUGCUGGCAGUAACCAGGAGGGGCAGCUCGGUUUGGGCCACUGCAACAACACUACAGCCUUUCACCUGCUGAAUCCCUUCUGUGAGCUUGCACCAAUCAAAAUGCUUUCUGCAGGAUGCAACACGUCCGCGGCUUUAACAGAGGACGGGAGGCUGUUCAUGUGGGGAGACAACUCUGUGGGUCAGAUUGGUUUAGGGGACGAGGGAUUCACAGCAGAACCCAGAGAGGUCUCUGUCGGGGCGGCGGUGGCGUGGGUCUCCUGUGGGUACCACCACUCAGCAUUAGUCACAGUGGAUGGAGAUCUCUAUACGUUUGGUGAGAGUGUGAACGGGAGGCUCGGUCUCCAGGUGGAGGAGUUGGCCGAUCACAGAGUCCCUCAGCGGGUGAAAGGGAUUCUGGGUCGUGUCACUCAGGUGUCCUGUGGAGGGGCGCACACAGUGGCACUCACAGAGGAGAGCGUGUACACGUUCGGCAGGGGUCAGCAUGGUCAGCUGGGCCAUGGAACAUUUCUGUUUGAAGUUGAUUUGCCAAAACCGCUGGAGCCCUUUUGUAGCGGUAGCAUCAAGAAUAUCGCCUGUGGAGAGAACCACACUGCUGUGAUCACAAACAGCGGGCUUCUCUACACGUUUGGUGAUGGUCGUCAUGGAAAACUGGCCUUAGGGGAGGAGAACUUCAUCAACCAGUUCAGCCCGACACUCUGCAAACGUUUUCUCAAGUACAAUGUUCAACUAGUGUCCUGUGGCGGGAACCACAUGCUGGCACUGGCUGCACCCAGACCACCAGAGAGCCAAGACGUUGUGCCAGAGAAGGAUGUCGCAAUCACAGAGAACCUUUUGGAGUCAAGCUACACAGAAAUCCUCCUGCUGGACGCUUUGACUGAUCCUAAUCUACUAGUCCCACUGUCAGCCCUCUCUGCUCGAGCCCGCCACAGAGAAAAAGGAAGCUCUGUGGAGCUGUUUGGGGAGAUGUUUCAAAACCUCCCACGUCUAAAUUCUGGCUUCCUCGACACCUCCUGGCAAACGUCCAGAAAUAUCCCAACCCCUAAAAUGCUUUCAAGGGACCUUAGUACCCCUUCCUCAUCCCCCAAACCGCAAGUAGGAGUGACACCAAGCCCACCACUCUCCCCCACAUCUCUGUCCGACCUCCCACAGAGUCCAGUGUUAUCCUCUAAGUCAUCGAGCCCACAUUCCCAAUCAUCAGACAUGUUUCAGUAUAAAUCCUCUACCUCUAAGUCUAAAUCCAAAGAGUUGCCUUCUCCCUUACUGACACCAAAGUCUGUAAAGAAACGUAACCCUAACAUCCUGGUAUCCCCUAAACAGACUGCAAAAAAGAGACUGCAUAGAGUGGCAACCGCUAAAAAGGCCUUAAUUGAAAAACCAUCACCUCCUCCACCACCUAAAGAACCCAGUAGACCCUCCAGUGAUAUUUCCAAUAAACUCUUCAGUGAGGAAAAGCAUCGUGCUUCACCACAAACAGAGGGAGAAAUUGUUGUCACAGAAGAUGUGGAGGAGAACGUCUCUGAGAAAGAAGUCGACGCUGACUUUUUGCCAGAUAUGGAAAAGAAGAAGGGCAGAGCUCUUAGAAGAACUGCGAAAGAGGCAGAACAGCUCCAGUCAAAUGGGAAUGCAGAACAAAAUGCUCACAAAGCCUUACCGACAGAGCUCCUGAAAGGCUCUUUAAAGAAAGAAGUGUCUCCACUGAAGAGCUCAAAGAGUCUGAAAAACCCCAAAGUCACAUCUAAAGGCAAAGAGAACAUUACCAAGCAGUCCAAUAAAAUCAAAACUCAUGAAGACGUACAAGCUCAAAAGGAACCCUCCUAUUUUAUAUCACCAAAACAUGAUAAGAGCAGGCUAUCUGAAUCAAGUCCCAAAACUCCACAGUCUGUCCGGAAGACACUGACUGAAACACAGCAGAGACCGACUGAAGUGAAGGAAAAUGCCAAGAGAAAUAGAAAUUUGAAAGAAAGUAAUAUAAGCCAAGAGGAUAGGAAAGCCAGCACUUUAAAGAAAGACUUGAUAAAGACACCAAAAAAGGAGAGAAAGAAAUCUUCAGCUUUGGACAAGACAUCUCCUGUUAUUAUGGUCACUAAAGGAAAUGAAAUAACCAGCAUAUCUGUCCCAAGAGGAAGUUCAACAUCCGCAGAAAACACUGCAAAAGAAGAUACAGAAACCACUGACAUAAAAACUGAGGAGAUGGCAACGCAACGGGAGACACAGCGAGUCAGCUUGACUCCAAAAAAAGAGGUUAAAUUGGCACAGGGAAAACGUCAAGGCAAAGCACUAGAAACCACACCUGCUCUUGAUAUUAAGAAAUCCAUAAGUGUGAAAUCUACACCUGUCAAAGUUAAAGGGAAACCACAAAUGGUUAAAUCCACUGAAGUCCAAAAUCAAAGUAAAUUUGCAGAAAACACACCUGUUAAAGGUAAAAGCAAAGGGAAAGUUGUGGAAAAUGAGUUAAAAACUCAGAAAAUGAAAGGCAGAACUGCAGAAAAGCAAAAGAUACUUGAUGUUGAUAGCUCUGAAGUAAAGGACAAAAAGAAGUCAAAGGAAUCCAAACUGAAGGCAAAGACAAAGCCAGGGAGAGAAGAAGGAGAGGGAGUUAAAGUUAAAGGAGAUGCUGAUGGAGACUCUAAAGAUAAUACGAGGGCCAAGCCGAAGAGUAAGCAGACUGAAGCUUCCAGCCCGCUGUUAUCACAGCAGGAUACACCUAUUGAAGUGGUGUCUAACACUAUUUCCACACAAAGAAGAGAACCUAAGAGAACAGUGGUGGCUUCCACUGGCGGUGCCAAAUCCCUGCAAGAGCCCAAAGCUGUUGAUACGGAUUUGCUUGUGUCUAAGAGAAACAGAGAGGAUGCUCAGGGCCAGACUGAAGAAAAGCCAAAGUGGGGGGAAACUCUCGGUACAGCAGCUGCUCUUCUUCCUGCUGUUGGGAUAGUGGGUGCCGCUAUGGAGGUCCUUAGAGAUCCAGUGACGAGCUUUGGGGGUUUUCAGUCUGACAGUGACACCGGUACCUCUACAUCACCUAAAACAACCAGUCAAGUGAAGCAUUUCACAAAGCAGAGUGCAAUUAUGCAACCUUCCUUUUCCUCGUCAUCAGAUUUUUCUUCAGCAGAAGCAUCAAAUCCACCAGAAGAAAGAAAAGAUGUUCAGCUCAGUGUCCUAUCAGAGUCAGAGAAGGCGGUUCAAGAAGGAGAAAGUUAUGAUACCAGUCACGAUCAGUCACAAAUGAAAAGUGACAACUCCGAGCAGAUUGAGGGUGAAGACAUUUCACAAACAGAGGUUAAGAACAGUGGCACAGACACAGACACUUCCAAGCAAGAACAUGGAGAAGAUGAGAAAACCUACUUCCUUCCUACUAAGCCUUCCGAAGAGGAAGAGGAUAACGAGGUAGAAGAAAAAGACACUGAAGAUGGAGAGAGUGGAAGCAAUGUGGAAGACAAAGAAGAAGGGGAAAAGGAGAGCGUUUCUGGAGAGGCUGAGGAAGAGCAAGAUACUGACACUGCAGAGGAAGAGGGUGAGGAGGAAAGCAGCUCCAGCAGUGAGGAAGAGGAUGAAGGAAGCGAGAAGAGUGAUGUUACAGAGGCUGAAGAGGAGGAAGAAGAAAGCAGCGAGAAAACAGGUGAAGGAGGAAGUAGCUCUGAGGUAAGUGAAGCAGCAGAGGAAGAGGAGGAAAGUGAAGUAUCUAGUGAAGAAGAGAAUAAAGAGGAGGAAGAGGAAAGUGAAGAAUCUAGUGAAGAAGAUAAUAAAGAGGAAGAGGAGGAAAGUGAAGAGUCUAGUGAAGAUGAGAAUAAAGAAGAAGAGGAAGAAAGUGAGGUGAGUGAGGAUGAAGAAGAUGAAAGUGGUGAAGAAUCGGGGAGUACAGCCAGCAGCAAGAGCAACGAGUCAGAGGAGGACAGAGAGGGAAGUGAAACUGCAGAGUCUGAUGAAGAUGAAGAAAAUGACGCAGAGGAAGAAGAGGGUGAAAGUGAGGAACAAAAAGAUGAUCAAGAUUCCACCGAAAGUGAGGAUGAGGAGAAAGACUCCAAAGAAGACGAAGAAACAGAUGAGAGUAAAGGAGAGGAAGAUGAGAACCAGGACGAAUCGAGUGUUGAAAAUGAGGAGGAAGAGGAAGAAGAGAGUGAGGCUGAUGAAGAAGAGGAAGAGCAAGAUGAAAAGAGCGAUAAAGAAAAUGAGGAGGAUGAAGAAGCAUCUUUAGAUGACGGGGCUGAGGACGAGGAGGAGGAAGAAGAGGGGGAGGACGAGGAGGAGGAAGAAGAAGGUAACGAGGUUUCAGAGGAAGAAGAGGAUGAAGGAGGUGUUGAGGAAGAGACUGGAGAGGAGGGGGAAGAAGAAGAGGGUGAGGAGGAAGAAGAGGGUAAGGAGGUUUCAGAGGAAGAAGAGGAUGAAGGAGGAGUUGAGGAAGAGUCUGGAGAGGAGGGGGAAGAAGAAGAGGGUGAGGAGGAAGAAGAGGGUAAGGAGGUUUCAGAGGAAGAAGAGGAUGAAGGAGGUGUUGAGGAAGAGACUGGAGAGGAGGGGGAAGAAGAAGAGGGUGAGGAGGAAGAAGAGGGUAAGGAGGUUUCAGAGGAAGAAGAGGAUGAAGGAGGAGUUGAGGAAGAGUCUGGAGAGGAGGGGGAAGAGGAAGAGGAAGAGGGUAAGGUUACAGAGGAGGAGGAAGAAGGUGAGGAAGAAGCAUCUUUAGAAGAGGGGGAAGCUGAGGACGAGACUGAAGAUGAGGAAAAACCUGGUGAGGAGGAGGAAGACGAGGGAGGAGUUGAGGAAGAGGCUGCAGAGGAUGAAGAAGAGGGUGAAGAAGAGACAGCAGAGGAGGAAGGGGAAGAUGAAGAAGAAGAAGAGAGUGAAGGUGAGGAGGAAGAAGAAAAAAUAAAGAGAAAAGAGCAAAGUAUUGAAGCUAAUAAAAAGCUGAUGGUGGAGAGCGAUGAUGAGGAGGAGGAAGAGGAAGAAGAGGAAGAGGGAGAUGAGGAAGAGGAGAAUGAAACAAAGAGUAAACAAAGAUCUGAUAAUCAGAGAGGAGAAAGAAAACAGAAACAAACCGAGGAAAAUGAAGGUGAGGAAGGAGAAGUGAGUGAAGAAGAGGAAGAGGAGGAAGAAGAGGAGAGUGAAGAACAAGGAAAGGUUGCAAAGGCCAAACAUAGUGAGAAGCAUGCUGAGGAGGAGGAUGAGAGUGUGGGAAACACAAAAGUGGAGGAGGAAGAGGAAGAAGGCGAUGAGGAAGAAGAAGAAGAGGAGGAGGAAGAGGAGGAAAAGCCCCAGAAGAAGUCUCCUGAACAGAAAGAAACACCCAAACCAGCACAGAGGACGAAGCAGAGAGCUGCAGCGGAGAAGAGACCCGACGACUCUCAGCAGUUCUGGGACGACGUGCUGCCGCAGUACCUCGACCUGCAGUGACAUCAUCAGACCUGCAGUGACCUCGACCUACAGUGACAUCAUCAGACCUGCAGUGACCUUGACCUGCAGUGACCUCAACCUGCAGUGACAUCAUCAGACCUGCAGCGACCUCGACCUGCUGCGACGUCAUCAGACCUGCACGCUGUGAGUCCGAUGGAAACAUCUUCGUCUUUCUGUCAACGAAUCCAUUAAAAGGCCAAAUCCAGCAGUGCUUUAGCCUGUCUGUCAGUGUCUUACAACCAACCUGUCUGUCAGUGUCUUACAACCUGUCUGUGGCUCUCAGCCCUCUCACGAAUCUACCAAAGCAACCUAGAGAGGAAAUAGUGAAAAUGUCAGGGACUAUUUUUUGUUGUGGAUUAAUACAUUAUAGAUUAGUUUUAGAGUAUGUAUGUGGGAUUAACUCAGAAUAAACUACAAUGUCCAUGUUCCUCAUAGGACGGAACCUGUCACCCAAAGCACCAGAUUGAAUUUGAAUGUAUGUAUUUGAUAGGGAUUUUAACAAAUUUCACAUACAAAGCAUGAAACUGCUGCAGAGAGUUUAUAAUUAGUGCUAAUUUUCAACUCUUGUCCCUAGUUGGGAUUUUAUAUGUACAGUGUAAGUAAAAUAUACAGCUUUAAAUGCAAUAAAAUGCACAUAAUAAUAAUAAUAAUUAUACCACAAUACACCAGUAGACAUACAGAUAUGGAGCUGUAACAAAACAUAAACACCACACUAAUGCACCUUGGUAAUCCAGAGCAGUAGCACUAUUUAUAUUUAUAUUAUUAUUUUAGUACUAAAGUGGGUACAGCUCUGGUUUGAUUAACCUUUGUUGUCUAUUUCAUAUCUGUGACUUUGAUUUGAGUUAGUAAUGUGUUCCAGGGUUGACGGCCCUUAAUGGAGAAAGCUGAUUAUCCAAAUUUAGAUCAACAACGUGGUAUUUUACAUCUGCCAUUCACCAUUCUCCUAGUUACUCUGUUAGUGUCUUGUGUUUUUAAAAAGACAGCUCCACACACAUUGUUGGAUUCAUGAUAGACAGUUUAAAAAAAGCAGAACUAGAGAUAUGGUCUUUUUUUAUUCCAUUGACACUAUGCAACUUGACUGCAAACGGUUCUCCUCUAAGAUUUGGGUGUGUAAUGCUAGCAGUGGCUAAUGUACCCAACUCACAACGAAAAGCUUUUCUACAAAACUGUUUUCCACACACACGCAGUCGUACUCCACAAGACCUAAAACAGACUCUGAUGUGUAAAAUCAGCGCUCUUCUCUUCAACAGACGCCAGUGAAGCUCUACCAGACUUUUCCGACUUAAGUGUGACUGCUGGGAAUUACUGGACACACUUGAUUGCCUAAACAUGAUGUUGCCCCCUCA